AUGAAAAUCAGCAGAUUCAAAUACACACCCAUAUCUGACGAUCAGAUUCGGCUGCUUAGAAUACGGCCUAAUGAAUUCGAAGAACCCCUGCUCUGCGAUCUUUCUAUAGUAAAACUGGCCGACAUGGAAGAACGAUACGAGGCUCUUUCAUACUGCUGGGGGGAUGAAGAUCCAAGUGAGAUUAUCAAUAUCCACACGCUAUCGCCUGAUCCCGCGAACUCCGAUCAAGGAAGAUAUUUAUACAGCCCGAUGGAAGAGUUCCCAGUUCGACCCAAUCUUCAUAAGGCAUUACGAUAUUUACGAAGCAGAGAGAGGCCAGUGAUAAUCUGGGUGGAUGCCAUAUGUAUGGAUCAAAGAGAUACACCUGAAGCUAAACUCGAGAAGGACCACCAACUCUCGAUGAUGAGCGAGAUUUACAAUUCAGCAAAAAAUGUCUGCAUCUGGCUCGGCGAUGCCGAUGCAACUUCAAAAGCCGCUUUUAAACUGGUUCGGGAUAUCAUGAAUUUCCAGACGCUUGACACUCGUCUCACCGUCACAGAUGCAGACGGGGUUACUAAGCAGAGGUGGUGUGAUUUUAUUGAGUCACUGAAGGCACCAUGGUUCAGCCGACGAUGGAUCAUCCAAGAGGUGGCGCUCGCUCGGCGUGCAUCCGUUCACUUUGGAGACGAUAUCGUACAUUGGGAUGACCUUGCCGACGCUAUAUCCCUCUUGAACGAAAAAAUUGAUAUUCUCAAGCAAAAAUUCUCAGAUGGCGCCUUUUCAGAGGUACCGAUGCUUAGUGCGACCCAUUUGGUGAAGGCUAUCGUCAAUGUUUGUCGUAAAUCACCAAAUGGCGAUAUUUUGGAUAGGCUUCUCGAUUUGGAGACCCUUGUCUCUACCUUCCAGCAGUUUCACGCUAGGUUUUCUGAAGAUAUCAUUCAUUCAGUUCGGUCUCUCGCAAAGGAUGCUCCUGUCCAAGAAGAUGAUGCCGACUUUCGCACAAACCUCGAGCAGGAAAAGAGUACGCGGGAUUUAUUCAUCGCUUUCGUGAACCGUUGCAUUAGGAACUCGGGUUCACUUGAUAUAAUAUGCAGGCACUGGGCGCCACCUGCAACCGAUACAGCCGGCGAAGAAGUCAGCUUCCCAACUUGGGUCUCCGCGCUCUCUAAAGGCCCCUUCGGACUGGCCGGUGAGUCUCGCGAAAGACAGAAUGGAGAGAACUUUGUGGCCAUGUCGCCAAACGAUAAAAGGAAACGCUACAGUGCCUAUGUCCAGCAAGAUAAAGAACAUCACAAGGAUCUUGGUGGUACACUUCGAGUUCAUGGAUUCGUCCUCGGAACCGUCAAGCGACACUCGGAUGUCAUGAGAGGUGGUAUUAUUCCGGGCGACUGGCUGAAGAUACUCGGCUGGGAUCGAAAGGGCAAAGACAACAUAGUUCCUGAUAUUCUCUGGCGCCUCCUUGUGGCAGAUCGUAACCCCGAAGGUGGAAAUCCUCCAGGCUGGUAUCGAAGAGCUUGUCUACACUGCUUGAAAGACACACGAAUCACGAAUUCAAAAGGCGAUCUGGAUUCGCACAGGGUUGAUAAGGUGUCCGAGUCAAUGACAUCGAAGUAUCUGAUGCGAGUCGAAAGUGUUGUGUGGCGUCGUCGGAUCAUUGGAAUCGACUCCCGUAUUUGUGAGGACCAUCUUGAACUCUUUGGUCUCGCACCCGAGGAGACCGAAAAUGGGGACCUGGUGUGUAUCCUCUUUGGAUGUUCUGUACCCGUGGUGCUACGGAAAGUGAAAGAUUGUCGUAGCCAGGAACUAUUUGAACUUAUUGGAGAAGCGUAUGUGCAUGGAAUGAUGGAUGGAGAAGCCGUCCAAGAUGCGAAGUUAGUCGAGAGGAUUCGAGGGAGGUUUCAUAUAGUGUAA